GGGUUGUGCCAUGUCGCAGUUUUGUACCAUGACGACCAGCGAGAGGAAGUUCCAUGCUGCAGCCAUCUGUAGAGAGGUGCAAGGGCAGGACGAUUUAGAGAUAGACCUGGGGAAGAAGGUUAGCGUGCCCAAAGACAUCAUGCUGGAGGAGCUGUCCCUGGCGUCAAACCGAGGCUCCAGGCUCUUCAAGAUGAGACAGAGACGAUCGGAGAAAUACACUUUUGAGAGCAUCCAGAAUACCACCAACAUGCAGCUCAAUAGCGCUAUCAUUUCUCAGACUGUGGAUCAGCAGACUUCAGAAGUACAAAGCAGCGAGACCAACUGCAUCGAAGACGACUCCAUGGCAACAAGAACGGUCCCAAACCCAGACACCAUCGCCCCAGGUUACAAUGGUCCCAUGAAAGAGCUCCCUCCUGAGAAGUUCAACAGCACCGCCGUCCCAAAGUCUUACCACUCUCCAUGGCACCAGGCCAUCAUCAGUGACCCUGCUCUGGCUGAUACACUCACCACUCACAUGCCCGAACCGGACCAGCAGCCCGAUAGACCUGUGUACAAGUGUUUUAACAGAGUGGCGACCCCCUUUGGCGGGUUCGGCAGGACGUCCAGCCCGGUGCCCCCCGCCCGGUCGCUCCCAGUGGACGUGGCCCUCCCAGACUUCCCCGAGCUCCAGGCCAUGACCUCCGCUGCCUCCGCCGCCGCCGCCACUGCACCCCUCGACAGACCCUCCUUCAACAGAGCCGCAUCAGGGUGGGUGUCGUCCAACCAAUGCCCCGCCCCCAUCAUCAACUUAACCCAGCCAGACUUCAUCCCCGAAUCUGACGAGCUAUGAAC